CUCCUCCGCGCAGGCGCACUGACUGUCAGCGGUCGCUGAGGUGUAGGACUGGGAGAGGCGGCCAUGGAGCCUGCAGGCCGGAGAGAUAAAUCCAAGGCGAGGGAUUCCGUCAGCCGCCUGGAGAAGGCGAAGCAGAAGAGCGCGCAGCAGGAGCUGAAACAGCGGCAGAGAGCAGAGAUUUACGCCCUCAACAAGGUGAUGACUGAGCUUGAGCAGCAGCAGUUUGAAGCUUUCUGUAAGCAAAUGCAGACGUCCAGCAAGUGACCGGGAAGACGCGACACGCCAUUUGAUAAGCCCCUCCGCCCCAGCAACACCAAAGAUGACCAAGCCCUGAUGGUCACGUGUCUAUUGUAGGUUCUCCGCCAGUUACAGACCACUUCAUUUUGCUUUGUACCACAUGCUGGAUCCAUAGGCCGCACAAUGCUGGAGAUGUAUCAGGGGAGGUGUGUUUGACUGUCCAGAUACCGAGAGUUGCUGGUAAAAGAUGGCUGACCGGAAAGUUUAUUACUAUAUGCGCCAUUCUGUAAGGUGCGGCCUACAUCAUAUACCUGUGUGGCCGGUGUACUUGCCUGAACGUGGAGUUUCAGCAGCCUAGAAUAAAAACUUCUGCAACUUUCCAACAGA